AUGAAGAGUUCGCUUAUGUCGCUGGUGGCAAAGUAUAAGGCUUACCUUGCAAUGGUCGCCAUACAGUUCAUUACUGCAGGCUUAACUCUUUUAGCCAAAGCUGCAAUGUCCAAGGGAUUAAACCCUUAUGUGUUUGUUGUUUACCGCCAAGCAUUCGCCGCCGUUGCCUUGUUUCCCUUCACAUUCUUAGAACGUAACCUGGGUGCUCCGCUGUCAUACAAAUUAUUGGGCAAAAUCUUUCUUCUUACUUUAGUUGGGUUAACACUGGGUUCAAACCUUUUCAUUGUCGGACUCAACUAUUCUUCUGCAACAUUUACUCAAGCCUCCACAAACACAGUCCCCGUCAUUACUUUCAUCUUGGCUGUUAUAUUCAGGGUGGAAAGCCUUUCCUUGAAGCAUCUACAUGGCAUGGCCAAGAUUUUGGGUUCUAUUUUGUGCCUUUCUGGCGCAAUAAUAUUUGGUUUGGUCAAAGGGCCUCCAGUAAGUGUCAUGAAGUCGCAUCCAACAGAUUCUCACUCAAUAAUGGCAGCAGGUCACUCUCAAGGAGAUCAAAUCAAAGGACUUGCUUUUCUGCUCUCAGGAACCACUGCUUUGUCUUUAUGGCUUGUUUUGCAGGGACUUGUAGUAAAACAAUACGUUGCCAAAGUUCGCAUGACAUGCCUCCAGUGCUUCUUCUGCUGUAUACAGUCAUCUGUUUUGGCGGUGAUAAUGGAAAGGGAUCCUUCUGGAUGGAAACUUGGAUGGAACAUUCACCUUCUUUCUGUGGUUUACAGUGGUGUGAUUGGAACAGGGGUGGUGUUCUGGCUUCAACUGUGCUCUAUAGAGGAGAAAGGAGCAGUGUUCACGGCAAUGUUCAUUCCUCUUUCUCUUGUAAUCACUGCCUCCUUGUCAACACUGAUAUGGAAAGAGCCACUUCGAUGGGGAAGUAUUGGUGGAACUGUUUUGUUGGUGGUUGGACUGUACGUUGUGUUGUGGGGGAAGAACAGAGAAAGCAAAAAGGUCCAAAGCAAUGAAACCAGACAAGAAGAACCCAAAGAUAAAGUCGAAAGCCAUGAAACCACACAAGAAGAUCCGAAAGAGGACACUACGUUGGAGUGCUCCACAACCAUACAGAUCCGAACUGAAUGA